CUUUGAGUCUUUGUUUACAUGUGUAGCGCCCUCUGUGAACAACAAACUCGCACAUCUUAGUUGGUUUUUCCAUCUUCAUUUCCUUUUAUUUUAAUUGCUUCACUUUCCUUAUGUAGAUUAAAGUUAAAUCUGGUAAACCUAAUGCGGAUUUUAAGAAAAACUACGAUUAUUUGUGUAUUUCUAUUUUUUCUUUUGAUACUGUUAUUUACACAGGUUAUUUGGAACUUUGAUGAGGAAUCUUUUUUUAUGGAAGAUGGUGCCCGAUGGAGUGACAAUAAUAGAGAGAACCCAGGACAGAUUUUUCCUGAAGAUGAACGACUAGAGAGGGCAGCAGUUAACAUCAAGUAUCCGAUAAUACUAUGGUGGACUGGAUUUACAGGAGAGCGAGGUCGAUUGAAAACAUGCGGUGAAAGAAAAUGCUUUUUCACGGUCAAUCGUAAUUUCAAAGAUCAUCCUUGGUUGAAGGUUUUUAUGUUUUAUGGAACUGAUUUCAAAAUCAAAGACCUACCACUUCCGAGGAAAAAUCACCAUCAGUGGGCAUUGCUACAUGAGGAAUCGCCGAAAAAUAACUACAUUCUCACCCAGCCGGACUGCCUACAUCUCUUUAAUUACACAUCAACGUUUAAACGCCACUCAGAUUAUCCGCUGACAACUCAGUAUUUGCCUUCACUGGAGGAUCUCACAAGUCGUAAAUUCUUCGUUCAAACACCUGAUAAAAGCAAGGAUGGAGUUGCUCUGGUCUUGUAUGUUCACUCGGACUGUAACCCACCUUCUGAUCGCGAUUCGUACGUCAAAGAACUCAUGAAAUACAUAAAAGUUGACGCACUUGGUAAGUGUCUACAUAACAAAGAUCUACCCGAAAGUCUUCAAGAUCCAUUGACUAUGGAUAAAGAAGAAUUUAAACAUAUUAUAGCAAAGUAUAAGUUCACCUUGGCUAUUGAAAAUGCUCUCUGCGAUGAUUACAUUACAGAAAAGUUUUGGCGCCCUCUAACAUUAGGUUCUGUACCAAUUUACAAAGGUUCGAGCACAAUCAGAGAUUGGUUCCCUACAGAGAAAAGUGCAAUUUUAAUCGAUGAUUUUAAAAACCCGCAAAAUCUAGCAGAGUAUCUACUCUACCUGGAUAAGAAUGUUGACGAGUAUAAUAAAUAUUUAGAAGUGAAACAAACCGGAAAGAUUACCAACUCGAUGUUGGUUGAGACCAUGCGAAAGCGAGAAUGGGGUGUGGACGACUACAAUCGGAUGAAUUUCAUCGAUGGGUUUGAAUGUAUGGUAUGCAACAGUCUCCAUGACGACAUAGAAGCAUUGAAGCGUAAACGUUACCGGAAACAUGUUGCUCAACCAAAUCACUUGGACUGUCCGAAGCCGGAACUUUAUCGGUCGUAUUCAAUAAUGUCAAAUAUGUGGGCGCGCAUGUAUGAAACAACUAAAGGAAAAGCAAGGGCUUUAAGAGAACUGGUGUUAAUGGGCAAAAAUUUUACAAGGACAGACUUUUAUAAUAAAAUGUUUGAUGAUGAAUCAUCAUAAUGUAUAAUAAGUGCCAACUGUUGCAGCACAGUUGGGGGUGGGAGGAAGGUUUGAUCACGCCUCCAGAAUGAUGGGGUGGAAGUUCACUAGGGCACCGGGUUCUUUUAAGAACGCAUUAGCCAGAUGAGUACACUAAACCUCCACAAGACUAGUGUCAACCAAAAGCGUGGGUGAAGAGGGUUUUGAACUAGAGCCGAACUUAAGGCUAUAGGUUGAAAUGCGCUGCCUCUGCUUUACAAUUCGUCUUGCUCAAAGUGUGGUUAAAUGUAAACCAAGAUCGAGAACGAGAAAUUUGGGAGAAAUAAUUUAUAAAUUUCUUACAUUUGAAAUUAUAAUUAUCAGCUCAAUAGUGCUUUCUGCACAUUUUAAAAAGACAGCACUUAAAAUGCGAAAUGACAAAUGUUUAUAUAUUUUACAUAUAUUUUUUUUUGUCAUAUUUUUUUAUGUCAUAUAGGAGUUUUUAUUAAAUAUUUUUUUUAUUUUGUAAUAUGAAA